AUGUCGGUCGACGAUUCUCCCCUCUGGGCUCCAGCCAACCCCGAAAUUUCUGCUACACUCCGACUCAUCGCACGCGUUAAUACCACCUUUGCUCAAAACCUUUCUUCCUACCACGAUCUCUGGAAAUGGUCCACAACCAACAUAGACGACUUUUGGAGCAUCAUCUGGGACGAGACAAAGGUUGUCGGCCACAAAGGGUCCUCCGUCGUCGAUGCCACUGCCCUCCCCUCACAUAACCCUGUUUGGUUCCCUGAUGCGUCCCUCAACUGGGCCGAGAACAUGUUGCAAUGUCGAUCCGACGAUAAAGUGGCUCUUAUCGAAGCAACCGAACCGAUAGAGGAUGGUGCAGCUCUCCCAGAUUAUCGUAGGUGCACCUACGCAGAGCUCUACACGCUCGUAGCCAGCGCAGUCUCCGCUUUGCUCCAUUACGGCCUCAAGCCAGGUGACCGGGUCGCAUCUUACGCUUCUAAUUGCAUCGAAAACGUGGUCGCUUGCCUUGCCACUACCGCCCUGGGUGGCAUUUGGGUGAGCGCCGCCGCAGACUUUGGGGCAGAAGGCGUCCUAGAAAGGCAUCCGAAAUUUCUAUUUGCCGUAAACGCUGUUGUGUACAACGGCAAAAUCCACCAACAUCUUCCCAAAGUGUCUGCACUUCUCGAUGGUCUAUCUAAGAAAGUCGAUCUGGCUCCGAAAGUUGUCGUCAUCGAGCCACCAUUCCGGCCACACUCGCGAGAUGGAUGGAACGGGGACUGGAUCAGUUGGGCCUCCUUCAUAUCUAGUGGCGAAGAUCACAAGCUAGGACGCACUGCGGACGGGGAAAUAGAGUGGCGACGUCAGAACUUUGAUUGGCCUCUGUGGAUACUCUUCAGCAGCGGAACCACUGGAAGACCAAAGCCGAUUGUCCACCGAGCAGGGGGGAUGCUCCUCCAGGCAAAGAAGGAAUUUUCUAUCUGCGCCGACUUGAAUGCAGACGAUGUCUUCUUCUAUUACACAACGACGGGAUGGAUGAUGUGGAACUUCCUUGUUAGCGGACUUAGCCUCGGAUGCACCCUCGUUUUGUACGAUGGAAGUCCCCUCAAAGAUCCUGGCCUUCUGUGGAGGAUGGUCGACGACCUGGGUAUCACAAUCUUCGGAACCAGUGCAAAGUACCUGGACCAGCUCUCGAAGAAAUAUCGUCCUGCAGAAGUCCAUAACCUGAAGACAGUUCGGCACAUUUACUCGACGGGUUCCCCCUUGGCACCCCCUCUUUUCGACUAUGUCUACAAGCACAUUAGCGAUCGCGUCCUUCUUGGUUCUAUUACCGGUGGAACGGACAUCUGCUCUCUAUUCGCCGGGAUGUGCUCGGCCCUCCCUGUUUACAGGGGGGAGAUCCAAUGCCGCAUGCUGGGGAUGGCCGUCGAAAGCUAUUCUCCUACUGGAACCCUCAAUCCACCUGAUGAACCAGGUGAACUCGUAUGCACGAAGCCAUUCCCAUGCAUGCCCCUGGGUUUCUGGCCACUUCCCGGUCAUGGAACGGAAGAAGCAGUGAAAUCAGCUGCGACUCGGUUCUUCGAGUCAUACUUCUCAGAAUUCAAAGACGUUUGGUAUCAUGGUGACCACAUUAUCAUCACACGUUCGAGAGCGGGCAAUGGAGGAGGGUUGAUUAUGCUGGGUCGAUCCGAUGGUGUAUUAAACCCCGGUGGCAUCCGCUUUGGCUCGGCGGAGAUUUAUGAUGUCUUGGAUCUUUUCACAGGGCCGGAUAGCGAUCCUUCGUUGACCGACUACCUCGCCGUUGGGCAGAAGAUCGAUAAUGGCAUGGAUGAGCGGGUCAUCCUCUUCGUCAAGCUCCGGGAUGGACAGCACUUUAGUUCGGACUUUGAGUCCCUGUGCUAUCGCUCCCUUCCACCCAUCUUUAACCCCUUUGCGCCCGCCAUUUGCCAGAUUAUCGAGGUUCUGGACAUUCCUUACACCCUCAAUGGAAAACGUGUGGAGGUUUUAGUGAAGAAGAUUAUCAAUGGGGCUCCACUAUCUAUCGUGAAUCCCGCCACCCUGUCGAACCCAGAAUGCCUCGAAUUUUACCAUCAGGUGGGCAGAACGUUGCGCGAUGAGGCUGCCUGA